AUGGAUUUUGAAGAACAAUUGGAGAAGGCAGAAAAGUUGUCUGCACCAUCUUUAGUAGGAGCUUCCUUGAGAUCAGCUGAUGAUUCCGCUCACCAAAAUUAUAUUCACCCUGAAAAGUCAAAUCCCAACAAGCUGGCUCAAUGUGUUGCUCACAGCAGUGUUCCUACAUCAAUCGAUAAGUUGACUGCCUCGUUGGAUAAUUUGAUUAACGAAGGUGCUCUUUUGGGCUCAGAAGAAAACUUUGACUCCUAUUUGGAUACAAAUGGUAACGUUAUCAAAUCGGAAUUCUCAAAGAAACCCGCUUCCCAUGUUGAUGACAAGAAGGCUAUCUCUGAACUUCUGGAAGGAAUCGCUCCAGAGAAGGAAUCCGAUGGUACGUUGCCCAUACCAGCACCAAUCGCUAACAAUAGUGUUAGUGAUAGUGCUGUAGCCACUAUCGCUGUUGAAUCUGACUCGUCUCAAAAGAAACCAUUCUAUAAGCAAAGUGGUGACUUUUCUACUCCUAACUUGUCAGAAUACCAAUUGGAACACGAAAUCACUGAUCACGCUGAUUUGUUGGCAAAUAUUCAAUCACAUGAUCCUCACCGUUUACCCACUGACGGUUCAGUGUCAGAUUCAACAGAUUUGAAAACUCCAACCAAUGAUUCAUUCCGCAAACUGGCCGUAUCUUCACCUGCUUCAGACACACUGUCCACCUCCAAGAGAAAGCAACAGAAUUUGUCUAGUUUGAAUCAUGAUUCAAUUCAUUCUCCGUACUUUUACACUGAUUCCACUCCAGUUACUCAUUCGGAAUCUGUUAGAUCAAGAUCAAGAUCAAGAUCUCAGAACCCACCUGCAACUCCACAUGCUGUUACUCAGCCUUCAGCUGCAGCCCAAGAAAGAUCCAGAUCAAGAUCUAGCAUUAGACCUCACUUGGCUCGUGGAGACUCCUACAAGCUGACUCACCUCGAGGAACCAUCUAAAUAUGAGUUACCUGCAGACUUCACUGAUGAAACUAUUUCAGUUCGUGAAGACGAAGUAGCUGCAUCAACUAAAGAAACUCUGGAAUCUUCAGCUUCCACUUCUAGAAAAGUUGAUAAUGGAGACGAUGAAGAUGAUGAUGAUCGUAGAUCAAGAGCUUCUCGUCCAACUAUGGGAGAGCUGAUUGCUGCCGCUGAAAAGGAAUUAGCAACCCAAGGUACUAUCCAGACUCAAUUGUUGCGUGAUCCCUCUUUGGUCACAACAGGUGAUUAUACUAAUUACAACGUUGAUACCCCUGUUCCCAACUAUAGCAGCGAUUUAGCAACUGAGAGACUCACUUCAAGUGUGCAAUACUUACGUUCUAUUUCUCGUUCUAGGUCUAGACAAGCCAAUGUUAAUGUUAGCAAAGAUGAUGCUACUCUGAAAGAGUUGGUUGCUGAAGGUGCUUUGAUCUCAGAUGACCCAUAUUCCACUAUUGACCAAUUAGAUUCCUUGGUUGAAAAUGUGUUAACUAAGGAUUCAGCUGCUGAUCAAAGGGCGAGUUUGACUAGUAAUAAGAAGGCAAGUUUAACUAAUUUUAAGGAAGAUGCGAGUUUAACUAAUUCCAAAGAAGACACGAGUUUGACUAAUUCUAUGGAAGAUGCGAAUUUAACUAAUUCUACGGAAGCGAGUUUAACCAAUUCCAAAGAAAAUGCGAGUUUAACUGAAGCUAAUGAAGAUUCAAGUUUAACUAAUUCAAAGGAGGCGAGUUUAAUUAAUUCCGUAGAUCGUGAAUCGAAGCCAGCAGCUGAUGAAGAAUCCGAAGAAUUGAAUAACACUGCGCUAGGUGAUAAAGCCAUAUCUAAAGAAUCUCAAAACAAGGUUGAUGCUGAAGAUUUGGAUAUUCCUGGAUCAUUUAAGUCUGAUGAAGCUUUAGAUGAGAAUCCAAAACAAGCCCAUGUUGAAGUUACUCCAGAAGCUGAAAAGGCAUUAGAGAAAAUUAAGAAGGAAGAAGAUCAGCCAACCAGCAAAUCUUCCAAGGCCGAGGACACAGAUGAUUUUGAUCUUGAGAAUAUGGAAGUGAAUCCUGAAGAACUUCGUGCUCACUUGGAAUCUCAGCCAGUUUACAUCUACACAUCUUUAGCAGGAGGAAUGCAAAUUAUGCCUCGUACCAAUCGGUUGGUUACAAUUUUGAAUGCCAAUCAGAUUAAGUACGAACUCCGUGAUUUAGGAACUGAUGAGGCUGCAAAGAAGAUCUGGAGAACCUACUCCAAAGGGAAAACAUUACCUGGUAUAGUGCGUGGAGAUGAUUUCAUUGGAAAUUGGCAAGAUAUUGAAGAAGCCAAUGAAGAAUAUCGUCUUACAGAAUUGCUAUACGAAACCUUCUGA